AGUUUACAUCCGGCGAGGUACACGUUGAACGGAAACCAGUGACAUGUCACGUCAAAACAACAUCGAAUUAAGUAAAAACAUGUCGCCGUCCGAGUAAAGUUAAUUUAAGACCUCCAAACGACGGUGGUGAAGUCGAAACAAAGAUGACAGCUGGAGGGGAUAUGGGGGUCGGUACUCGACACCCAGUGAAAAUCUUCGCUAACAUUUUCAUUUCGUUCAUUGGCGCUGGUGUUCUUGGACUUCCUUUCGCUUUUAAGGAGGCUGGAAUCCUGGAAGGAAUCUUUGUGAUGACUGCGGUGGGAACGCUGAGUGUAAAGGCUAUGAUGCUGAUUGUGGACUGUAAAUACAAGCUUCUUCAGGACAAGAAAGUAGAGGAACAUCGUGACAGCAAGCAUAGAAAAUAUAAAGAAAAAGAAAUGAAUGAUGACGGACUGGCAGAACAAGUAGAAAUUGUCAACCUGUUAAGUGGGGACCACGAGAUACUACCUCAGACUGAUGAAUAUAAGCCUGAAAUGUCUUAUGGUGACGUUGGAUAUUAUGCCCUCGGCCACACGGGAAGGGUUCUUGUUGAUGUAGCUAUUCUAGUAUCACAGACAGGAUUUUGCUGUGCCUAUUUGAUCUUCAUCACAGAAAAUUUAUCUGACUACAUGCGCCAUAUGAGACUUAUCCACUGGCUCCUACUGUUGUUACCGCCUCUGUGCCUUAUGACAUUCAUCAGGCACUUGGGUAGUCUAGCCAUCACCAGCUUGAUGGCCCAGUGCUCCAACCUCCUUGCCUUUGCCGUUGUUAUCUGGUUUGACUUUGAUCAUAUCCACAAAAUAGAGCGUGGGAUACAUCCAAAGAAAAUGUCCAUCAAUGGGUUGCCUUUUUUCCUGGCCAUUUCAAUAUAUUGUUAUGAAGGGGCUGGUAUGAUUUUAUCAUUAGAAAGUUCUUUAGCAGCAGAAGUAAGACAUCAAUUUAAAAAGUAUUUUAUUAGUACCAUGGUUAUUGUGACAAGCAUGUAUAUAUCAUUUGGAGCCUGCGGGUAUCUGUCUUUUGGUAAAGAAACCAAUGAAAUAAUAACACUGAAUCUUCCAAAAGGAGAUUCUAUAGACUUUGCUAUGAUUGUCAAGUCGUGUCUGUGCCUUGCUUUAUUCUUUACCUAUCCAGUGAUGAUGUUCCCAGUGAUGAAGAUAUUGGAAGGAUAUUUAUUUGCUGAUAUAGAAAAACAGAUAUGGAAGGGGAAUGCCCUUCGUAUGUUCAUGGUACUGGUAACUGGCUUGACGGUGGUAAUUAUCCCUAACUUUGCUAACUUGAUGGCCUUAGUGGGAGCCACGUGCUGCACCCUACUAGCCUUCAUCCUUCCUGGCCUGUUCCAUAUGUCUAUAUACAAAGGGUCUCUAUCAGUAGGUCAGGUAGUGAUGGACUGGACCCUCGUAUUCAUUGGUGUUGUUGGAACUAUUGUGUGUACAGUUGAUGCACUGAAGCGACUACAGGAGUCACACCAGUUGGAAGUGGAGGACUUUUCAGCAUCCAAUAUGACAAGUACUACACUCCAAUCUGUGCUAAAUCCAACAUCUACACCCACACCAUAGACUAGCACAUAUGGUUGUUUAAAUUAUAUGGAUUUUGAUGUUUAAAACUGAUCGUGUACAGGGACAACUACAGUAACACCUGUUUAUUGAUGUGGACCUAUAUAACAGGUUCGCUAUAGACUGAAUCAGUUACCGUGAAGCUAUUGCUGUAAAUGUCACAGUGAUGCGCUUGUGAUCAGCACCUGUUGCCAGUAGGGGUAUCAUAUUGACAUUUAAUUAUAAUUGAUCAUUAUGGUGAUAAGCUUUUCUGAGGUAGACUUAUUUCAAUUAGUCGAUAAUUUCGUACAUGACAUAUGUUGCGCAGAGUAUAUGUUAAUGAAUGCUCUACAGGGUUUGUUAUAUACAUCAAGUAUAUUGUGAUUUGAUAUGAGUGUUUCAAUUCAUCGACAUUGCUUAACGAUAUAUUUAACAUAUAAUGAGUUGUAAUGCAGCGCUCUGAGAUAAUUACAUUUUGAUAUGAUAAUUAUUAUGUGUAAAUACUUAGUGUGAUGUCUCAAAAACAUUACAGUGCUAUCACAGCUAUACAGGGAUUUUUGUAAAAUAUCUGGUAUGGUUUGGACCAAACAGUAUUUGAUAAAAAAUGCCAACCUAAUUUUAGCUAUAUUUAUUUAAUGAAUCUCUAUAAGGCUGUCAAAGGAAGAUACUUGUUUAAUUGAUACACAUUGUAAUGACGCCAUGUUUGAGAUCCUCACUCAGGUGUUAAUCUGUCCUCAUUGUUAUACCUGAUUCUGACUACUGACAGGACUGGACAGAAUCACGUGAAAUAAGCCUGGUGUAAUCCUAUAUAUAGCAUUGUUAUACCUGAUUCUGACUACUGACAGGACUGGACAGAAUCACGUGAAAUAAGCCAGGUGUAAUCCUAUGUAUAGCAUUGUUAUACCUGAUUCUGACUACUGGCAGGACUGGACAGAAUCACGUGAAAUAAGCCUGGUGUAAUCCUAUGUAUAGUAUCGUACUGAUGGUGCAUCAUGCAGUGUAAACAUAGAUUAGUAAUAGGUUGUAUCAGGCUAUACAUCUAACAUAUAAGGUUAAUAGCAAGAAGAGUUAUUUUUUAUAAUGUCACAUAGACAGUUCACUUGAUUUUGUAUUCCAACAUGUUGUAUGUAGGAAUGAAACAAACAGGCUUCAAGGAUUAAUACUUUGAGCCUAGGUAUUGAUGAAAGAUUACAUUUUAUCAGAAUGGUAUUUUUUGUAGAAUCACAUGAGAUGUUUCUGAGUUAUAUUUUACAAAAUAUUUGUAUUGAUUGGCUCAAUCGGUUUGCUAUUUGACCUUUAUCGUAUCACAAAAUAGUUUAGUGAAUGGUGCUUUGUUGAUGUUUCAAUUAUAAUUCAUGAAUUUGUUCUGGGGUAUCAUUUUUUUCCUGAAAAUUCAGAAUGAAAUAUUUUACCCCAAUGUAAUAUUUUGGGAUCAUCUGUGUAGAUACCUACCUUGUCUUUGUCCUGUUGUUAACUUGUAACUGGUAAUAGUCUUUUUACCAUCCAUUUCAAAGAAAUGUGUUUUAGUAAUUACAUAUAACAUUUUGCUAACAAUUUAAGUUAGAAUCAACAUGUUUACUUGUCACACUAAUAAGCCAGUACACACAGUGUAUUUAUAUUUAUUUUCAUGAAGAAUUGAGAUUUUGUCUCAAAUACUUUAAUAUAAUAUUAUAUACAUAUACAUAUUGUUUUAUAUUAUCAAUAUUGAAAUAUCUUCUGGUAAGGUAUUUUAUAAAACAUUACAACGUUGUUAUAUAGAUGAUCUAGGGACCACAUUUUUAAAUGACUGUGUGAUUAUAUUUUAUCAAAAUGAUAAAGAACAGUACUUAUGAAUAUAUUUUUAUUCUGGACAAUAUUGGUGGUGAACAUUAAGCAACCUCAAAAUUCAUAAUUAGCCUAUGUACGUAUAUGAAAUAUUUAAUUCAUAAUAAAUCAUUCAGUUAAGUUAAUUAUAUGAAGUGAACUGAGGUUUGUAUAUAUGAAGAAGAUUAUAUAAGGUCAGCUUGAUAUUAGUUUUGGAUAUAAAUCAAGAUUAAAAGACAGAGUACUUACUACUGAUUUGUAUUGUUAUCAGAUUGAGUCUCGUGUCCUACUGGGUGUUAUAUAACAGGAUUAAUUUAUACCUUUAAUUGUGAUUAUGUACGUGCUUCCUUAACAGACGAUUAUCCUGGGUACAUGUUUAGUGAUGGCCUAUAAGCCUACCUAACACAUUUCAUAAUGACAAGAUAGGCUUCAGUGUUCUGGAAUCCUGUUAACUAUUGAGACUAAGUACCAACUAGAAAAUUUUAUUAUUUCUGAUAAAUCAUGAUAGGACCUGUAAUAAAAACGGCCAACAUUACUCCAGGGUAUCUGUAUGUGUUUUGUAUUAGAUAUAGUGUACACGGUAGUGUGUUCUGUGUCAGGAGUGUACAAGGUAGUGUGUUCUGUGUCACGAGUGUACAAGGUAGUGUGUUCUGUGUCACGAGUGUACAAGGUAGUGUGUUCUGUGUCACGAAUGCACAAGGUAGUGUGUUCUAUGUCACAAGUGUACAAGGUAGUGUGUUCUGUGUCACGAGUGUACAAGGUAGUGUGUUCUAUGUCACAAGUGUUCAAGGUAGUGUGUUCUGUGUAACGAGUGUACAAGGUAGUGUGUUCUGUAUCACGAAUGCACAAGGUAGUGUGUUCUGUGUCAGGAGUGUACAAGGUAGUGUGUUCUGUGUCAGGAGUGUACAAGGUAGUGUGUUCUGUGUCACGAGUGUACAAGGUAGUGUGUUCUGUGUCAGGAGUGUACAAGGUAGUGUGUUCUGUGUCAUUGUGUUCUGUGUCACGAAUGUACAAGGUAGUGUGUUCUGUGUCACGAGUGUACAAGGUAGUGUGUUCUGUGUCAGGAGUGUACAAGGUAGUGUGUUCUGUGUCACGAGUGUACAAGGUAGUGUGUUCUGUGUCACGAGUGUACAAGGUAGUGUGUUCUGUGUCACGAGUGUACAAGGUAGUGUGUUCUAUGUCACGAGUGUACAAGGUAGUGUGUUCUGUGUCACGAGUGUACAAGGUAGUGUGUUCUGUGUCACGAAUGUACAAGGUAGUGUGUUCUGUGUCACGAGUGUACAAGGUAGUGUGUUCUGUGUCACGAAUGCUCAAGGUAGUGUGUUCUGUGUCACGAGUGUACAAGGUAGUGUGUUCUGUGUCACGAAUGCUCAAGGUAGUGUGUUCUGUGUCAUUGUGUUCUGUGUCACGAGUGUACAAGGCAGUGUGUUCUGUGUCACGAAUGCUCAAGGUAGCGUGUUCUGUGUCACGAAUGCUCAAGGUAGCGUGUUCUGUGUCAGGAUUGUACAAGGUAAUGUGUUCUGUGUCACGAAUGCACAAGGUAGUGUGUUCUAUGUCACAAGUGUUCAAGGUAGUGUGUUCUGUGUCACGAAUGCACAAGGUAGUGUGUUCUAUGUCACAAGUGUUCAAGGUAGUGUGUUCUGUAUCACGAAGCACAUGCAUGUAACAUGUGAAAUUUAUAUAAAAACAAAAAGCAGAGGAAAUGAUUUGAUACUUAAAUGUAGUUUUCACUUCGAAUAGACGAUGUUUGAAAGCCAGGCCUUCUUUCAUCAAUGUUCUCUAACUCAAGGAAACUCAAAGGAAAUCGUUAUUGGAGUUAACUGAUAAAUAUCUUAGUCCAACUUAACAGAAUUAAGGGAUUGGUAUAUAUAUAAUUCAUUAUAUACCUCGGGUAUGUAACUUAUCUGUUGGACAUCAAAGCUAUUUUAACAAGUUAUAAUCUGUAGUUAGCUAGUAGACGGUGAGGGUAAUUAUAUAUUUAAUUACAUUUAUUUUUUAAAGAAAAUUGUGGACCAUCUGAAACUAUCUCUGCAACUGCUCUUUUUUUUUUUUUUUUUUUUUAUGUUGCUAAUUUAAUGUAGGAAGUGAUCUGAUGGAGAAGUGGUCGAAUAGAAUCAUUGAUAUGCAUAUAUGCUUGGUAGAAAAACCAUAAAGGACACGUGUACAUCAGGGCAUUUUCUAAACCUGAAAUAGUGAAGCUUUGUUAGGACAAUCAAAUGACUAUAGGGACAUAAAGUAAAUAAAACGUAUAUUCAGUCAUGAUCCGAGCAGGUCUAUGUAUAACCAUAAAGGUCCAUAUUCAGUAGUUGUUUUUCUUUUAUUGAUGAUAUUUAUUAUUCUAAACCUUGGGACUCUUCAUAACUUGUAUGGAAUUACCGCAAUGAAAAAUAAAACGAAGCUUUAUUUUGCCGAAUGCCUUGAUGUACUCACUAUAUAUAUUUGUGAAUGUGACAGUGGCGAAUUUACUUAUUACGUUUUACUAGCAGGUGUAAAUUUGUUCAAAUUUUCGUGAAUUUGUAAUUUAUAUGUAUAUGGCAUAUAAACUUGCAAAUUGUCGAAUAAUUAGAUUUAUUUGGAAAAAAGUAUAGUAUAUAUAAAUCGAAGUUGAUAAAAACUAUUGUUUGUGUUAUUUAUUUGGGAGAAGGGUACAUAUAUGGACAUGAUCUCUAUAAUUAAUGGAACACACGUUCACCCUAAACAUACGUGGUGGUUGCAUAUGGAAAACAAGAUUCGUGUAGGAACAGUAAUAUAAAUAUGAAGACUAAUAUAGACUUUCCCUGUAUCUGAUUCUUUUGACAAUGCUGUAUCUACAUGCAUAAACAUAUGUUAUAUAUACAUUGUUAAUAAAAUAUUUUGACAUGACACCAGGAUGGACUGGCACCGCUAUACCGGUGUUGUUAAUAAUAAUGACAUGUUUUCUGAGAUUUUCCCAACGUAUUAGACCAUCGGCAUGUCUGGCCGCAUGACCUUGAUGUGAAUUAAACGUAUGUCUGACCACAUGACCUUGAUGUGAAUUAAACGUAUUUCUGAU